UUUGAUAUAUGCUUCUUGCGCUUGAAGAUUUAUGUCUGAAUCACUGUUGUUAUCAUUUGAGAAUUGUUUUGUUUCAAAUCCGAGUUCUGCAAAGAAGUAAAAUUAUAUAAAUUUUGUAAUACAUCAACUAUAUUUCCAGUAGUGUGUGUUGUUAUGUUGAAUUAUUGCUAACAUUCCAAAAUGGCUUGGACAAAAUAUCAAUUCCUUCUGGCAUUAACCCUCGUAAUAUGUGGAUCAUUGAAUACACUCAGUACAAAAUGGGCAGAUAAUCUAGAAUCCGAGGGUUCCGAUGGACAAACACGCAGUUUUGAUCAUCCUUUCGUUCAGGCUUGUGCAAUGUUCCUAGGAGAAUUCCUUUGUUUGUUAGCCUUCAAAGGCGUAUAUUAUCACCUCAAAAGCAAGAAUGACGGUGCUGAAGAUCGGAAUGACCUUGUGAAAGGAAACAGAACAUUUAGCCCGUUCAUCCUAUUCGUUCCAGCGAUGUGUGAUAUGACUGCGACGUCUAUUAUGUAUGUAGGACUCAAUCUUACAUACCCUUCUAGUUUCCAAAUGUUGCGUGGAUCGGUCAUCAUUUUUGUUGGUAUACUCAGUGUAGCAUUCCUGAAUCGCAGAUUAGUUACCAGAGAGUGGAUCGGCAUCCUGUUUAUCAUAUGUGGCCUCGCCGUGGUAGGCUUGUCUGAUAUAUUAUCAAACGAUAGUGUAUCGUAUAGCAGAAACAAUAUAAUUACCGGAGAUUUGUUGAUUAUUCUGGCUCAGAUUAUUUCCGCGGUUCAAAUGGUUUACGAAGAACGGUAUGUUGCAGGGCUAGACAUUCCUGCUCUUCAAGCUGUUGGUUGGGAAGGCUUUUUCGGAUUCAGUGUUCUUGGACUCCUCCUGUUACCUAUGUAUCACAUCAAUGUGAUUCCACCAUUCAACAAUAAUGCUCAUGGCGUUCUCGAAGAUUUUCCCGACGCAAUGGCUCAAAUUAGCAACAACGCUCUACUUCAGCUGGCCAUUAUUGGAACCAUUGUGUCGAUUGCGUUUUUCAACUUUGCAGGGAUUAGCGUUACCAAAGAAAUCUCCGCAACCACUCGUAUGGUGCUCGACUCUGUCCGAACGGUGGUUAUUUGGGGUGUUUCGUUAGCAUUAAGCUGGCAAAAGUUUCACUAUCUACAAAUUUUCGGCUUUACUGCACUGUUGUUUGGCAUUUGUGUGUACAAUAAUGUUUUUGUGUCGCAAAUCUAUGAUCGUCUCCAUCAGGCAUUUCUUCAAAGGACUAGGAACACAGAUGGUCAAAAUGAGGCGAUCGUCAACAGGCGCGCGGAUGAGCCCGAUUGUUGAGUUGACAAUAACAGCUAAAAGAAUACUAUUCCAAAAGAUUAUGUUACUGGGAUCGUAGAAUAUAUUGAGUUAUUAGAACUGAACUGAAAAAAUCUCUAGAAGGGCGGUGCUCCAAAAAUCACUUAUUUUGAAACAUGUGAAUUAAUAAUAUAAUCUUACACAAAA